AUGGCGCCCGCCGUGCAGGACCGUCUCCCAUUCCUAGCCUCGCCCCCGGCGCCGCCCCCGCCCGUGCGGGAGAGGGUCCGGAACCCGUCCCUCGCCGAGAUGCUCCGCCUCGUCGGCGCCGCCACCGUCGACCCGGCGGCCGCCGCGGACGACGACGGCUCCGCGUCCGUGUUCUCGCUGCCGCUCCCCACCACGCCUGGACAUGACGCGGUGGCGGGAGGCGCCGGCGCCGUCAACGGUGCUGGCGCGACGGCCAUCAUCGGGCAGACCGUGCACUUCCGCCUGGCGUUCAGCAGCCUGACCUACAGCGUCCGCGCCAAGCAGCGCGGGCGCGGGCCCGCCGGCCUGCCCCUGCAGCGCCGCUCCGACCGCGUCACCGCCGCCGCCGCGGCGCCCGUCGCGCACGCGCCGCGCACCAGGGCGCUGCUGGACGGCGUCUCCGGGGAGGCGAGGGAGGGCGAGAUCCUGGCCGUCAUGGGCGCCAGCGGCUCCGGCAAGUCCACUUUCAUCGACGCGCUCGCCAACCGCAUCUCCCGCGACGCGCUCAAGGGCGCCGUCACGCUCAACGGGGAGCCCCUCACGGGCACCGUCCUCAAGUCCAUCUCCGCGUACGUCAUGCAAGACGACCUGCUGUUCCCCAUGCUCACCGUCACCGAGACGCUCUCCUUCGCCGCCGAGUUCCGCCUCCCGCGGGCGCUGUCGCCGGCCAAGAAGCGCGCGCGCGUGCAGGCGCUCAUCGACCAGCUCGGCCUCAGCGCCGCGGCCAACACCAUUAUCGGCGACGAGGGCCACCGCGGGGUGUCCGGAGGCGAGCGCCGCAGGGUCUCCAUCGGCACCGACAUCAUCCACGACCCGAUCCUCCUGUUCCUCGACGAGCCCACGUCGGGGCUCGACUCCACCUCCGCGUUCAUGGUGGUCAAGGUGCUUCGCCGCAUCGCGGAGAGUGGCAGCAUUGUCAUCACGUCCAUCCACCAGCCGAGCCAGCGCAUCCUCGGCCUCCUCGACCGCCUCAUCCUCCUCUCUGGUGGCCGGACCGUCUUCAGCGGGCCGCCUUCCGCGCUCCCGUCCUACUUCGCCGAGUUUGGCUUCCCGGUGCCCGACGACGAGAACCGCGCCGAGUUCGCGCUCGACCUGAUCCGCGAGUUCGAGUCGUCGCCCACGGGGACCAAGCCGCUCGUCGACUUCCACCGCGCGUGGCAGCAGAUGCACGCGCGGAGCCCUGGCCAACAAGGUUCGGCGGCCGCUGAUCAGUCGUCGUUGGUGGCGCCAACGACGAUGUCGCUCAAGGAGGCCAUCAGCGCGAGCAUUUCGCGCGGGAAGCUGGUGUCGGGCUCGGACGUGGCCGGAGAGGCCGCGUCCGUGCACACCUACGCCAACCCGUUCUGGGUGGAGAUGAAGGUGCUGACGAAGCGGUCAGCGAUCAACACGCGUCGCAUGCCCGAGCUGUUCCUCAUACGCCUUGCAGCCGUGGUGGUCACGGGCGCGAUCCUCGCCACCGUCUUCUUCAAGCUGGACCAGUCUCCCAAGGGAGCGCAGGAGCGGCUGGGCUUCUUCGCGUUCGCCAUGUCCACCAUGUUCUACACCUGCGCCGACGCGCUGCCGGUGUUCCUCAACGAGCGCUACGUGUUCCUGCGCGAGACGGCCUACGGCGCGUACCGGCGCGCCUCCUACGUGCUCUCCAACGCCAUCGUCACCUUCCCGGCGCUCGUGGUGCUCUCCCUCGCCUUCGCCUUCACCACCUUCUUCGCCGUCGGCCUCGCGGGAGGCGUGCCCGGGUUCGCCUUCUACACGCUGGCCAUCCUGGCGUCGUUCUGGGCCGGCAGCGGCUUCGUCACGUUCCUCUCCGGCGUGAUUCCGCACGUGAUGAUCGGCUACACCGUGGUGGUGGCCAUCCUCGCCUACUUCCUGCUCUUCAGCGGUUUCUUCAUCAACCGGGACAGGAUCCCGGCCUACUGGAUCUGGUUCCACUACCUGUCGCUGAUCAAGUACCCGUUCGAGGGCGUGCUGCAGAACGAGUUCGCCCGCAGCGGCGAGUGCUUCGUGCGGGGCACGCAGAUCUUCGACAACUCCCCGCUGGCGGUGCUGCCGGACGCGGUGAAGGCCCGGGUGCUCGCGUCCAUCAGCUCCGCGCUCGGGGUCGGGAUCAGCGCCGACACGUGCGUCGUCACGGGCCGCGGCGUCCUGCAUGAGGUGGCGGUGACGCAGCUCGGAAAGUGGGAGUGCCUGCUCGUGACCAUGGCUUGGGGUUUCCUCUUCCGGAUCCUCUUCUACUUCAGCCUCGUGCUCGGCAGCAAGAAUAAGAGGAGGUGA